UUUAUUCUCUCUGCAAUGUCUUAUGACCGUUAUGUGGCCAUCUGCAAACCACUCCUCUACACUGUCAUUAUGUCACAAAGAGUAUGCUGGAUACUGGUCACCAUUCCCUACCUCUAUGGUAUAUUUGUCUCACUUCUGCUUACCAUAAAGAUUUUCACUAUGUCCUUCUGCGGCCCCAAUGUUAUCAGACAUUUCUACUGUGAUGGUCUCCCCUUGUUGUCUUUGGCCUGCUCAAAUACUCAUGAAAUUGAGGUGAUAAUUUUAAUAUUAUCAGCUUUUAAUUUGCUUUCUUCUGUUCUGGUGGUCAUUGUGUCCUAUGUAUUCAUCCUUGCAGCUAUUCUCAGGAUGAACUCAGCUGAGGGCAAAAGAAAGGCUUUCUCUACCUGCGGGUCCCACCUGACAGUAGUCGCUAUCUUCUAUGGGACUUUGAUAUUCAUGUAUUUGCAGCCUAUGUCCAUUCAUGCCUUUGACACUGACAAAGUGACUUCCAUAUUUUACAGUCAGAUUAUACCUAUGCUGAAUCCCUUAAUCUAUAGCUUGAGGAACAAAGAUGUAAAAGAUUCUCUUAAAAAAACAGUGGAAAAACUCUGCAAUAUUGUCUGGUAG